AUGCCGCCCGCGUCCCUGCCAUCACCGCUGGAUUCGGAGGACGGCAGGUCGCCGCAGCGUCGCGGCGGGUCGUCGGCUGGGGCGCGGCGCGGCUCCGCCGCUGCGACCCCUCCGCUUGCCCCUCCCUCGCCCGCGGCGGCGGCUGUGGACGGGGCCGCUGUUGCUGCAGAGCUCCACGCAGAGCGUGUGGAGAACGAGCGGCUGCGAGCGGAGUCGCGGCGGCAGGGGGAGUGGGCGCGGCGGCGCGAGGAGCGGUACGAGCGCGAGCUCGAGCGGCUACGCGCCGAGCUCGACCAGCAGCAGGCUGACCGGCAGGGCGCUGGGGCAGGCAUCGAGACGCUUCGCUCGACGCACCGACGGGUGCUCGAUGGGGUGGCCUCGCUCAAGCAGCGGACCGCGAGCGUUCUUGCCGAGCAGGAGCGCGACUUGCUCCGCGCAUUUCGUGCGCGGCUGUACGACGUGCAGCUCGAGCUCGAGAGGGAGCGGUCCAAGAAGGACGACGGCGCAGAGCUUGACUGGUCGCGCGAGGAGGCGCUGCGGCUCGAUCGAGUCAAUCAGCAGCUACAGUCCGAGGCGAGCCGUCUCAAGGCGCAGCUCCGCUCGCAGGAGAAGGACCAUGAGCUUCUCGUUCGCCAGAGCCUCGCCGUCAAGAAGGAAAAUGCGAGGCUCCGUCAAGAGCUAGAGGAGCUCUCGGGCGCCGCGGGCGAGGCGGCGGCGGCGGCUGCGGUGGCGGCGGAGGCGGCGGAGGCAGAGGCUGCGGGAAGUAGCCUAGUGCACGCAGAGGCCGCCUCUCCUUCGCGCCCCUCCUCGUCUUGGGGCGGUGGCGUCGCCCCCGCGGCCACGGAGGGUGAGACGGAUGCCGCAUCGAGUCGGCGACUCAAGGAGCUCGUGCAGAGGCAGGCCGAGGCGGAGGCGAGGUACCGCGAGAUGACUGCAAAACUAAAGCGGCUACUCGAGGUGGAGCGCCGCAACUUGCGGGCCGUCCGCACGGCACACGCGCGAGACUUGCAGGCGCGCACCGAGCUCGAGGGUUUGCUUCGCGCCUGCGCAGAGGACGUGCGACGCGAGAUCUCGGCGCACCGGUCGGGCGAGCGUGCGGGCGGCGCGGGCAGGCCGGGUUCCGGCCGCGAGGUGGCGGUCGCUUCCUUCUCGCCUGGCGACCGCGAACGGGUCCUCGAGCUGCUGCUGUCGCAGGAACGGGUGGUCGCACUGCUAUACGACAAGGCCUUCCCCCCGCGGCACCCGCAGGGGGCGCUCGAGGCGGUGACAGCGACGUCGGCCGGUGGCGAGCGCUCUCCGCCAUGCUCGCCCGUGCGAGGCUGAGAGAUCCUGCAGGUGAAGGCGCCGACCAUUGCCAUUCUUUCCGUUUUGUUUGUUUUUGUCUAAUGGGCCAGCCUCGACUUUUGAC